UAUUAUCUAUUUCACUUGCUUUGGCAAUGUAAACAUAUGUUUCCCAUGCCAAUAAAGCCCCCUAAAUUUAAAUUGAAUUGAGAGAGAGAGAGAGAGAGAGAGAAGCAGAGAGUGAUAGAUUGAGUGAGCAAGGCAGAGGGGGGAGAUAGAGGCAGAGAGAUAGUGACUGAGAGAGAGAGUGAGAAAGAGAGAAGCAGAUAAAGAGUGAUAGUAAAAGGAAACAGAGAGAGAAGGGGAAAGCCUGUGCUUCAGCUCUGAGGCGCUAACCGUCUCCCUCCAGACUGACCGUGCAGUCCCGCCCCUCCCUGACCCAGCAGGACUCUGACAUGCUCCUCUGUGUCUCUGUCUCCAGAUGGCCAACACCGUAACGUUGCUGUGCUGUGUAGUGCUAGCUGCUGUGGUGGUGGCAUACGCGCAGAGACGCAACCAGACAGGGGCCAGUAUUCAGUAUGAGCGUAUGGAUGGGGACGUGACCAUGAGGUGUGGCUCUCUGGACAGCGAGGCCAGCGUGACAUGGAAGGUUAACGGGACGGACGUGAAGGCACACCACCGGGAGGAGGGGUCUAGACUCAUACUGAUGGAAGUGGACCUCUCUAACAACGGACUUUACAGCUGCUUUCAGAACCCCAAUGGAGAACGACGGGACCAGAUCAACCUGCGCAUCGGAACCUCGCCUAGGGAACCCACGGUGACGUGUCGAUCCAACACCUACCCUAAAGGUUUCUACUGUAGCUGGCACCUUCAGCACCCCACCUCCAUACCCACAGACUACCACGUCACCGUCCUACACAACCAGGAGUCCCUAGAAGUAACAAGGGAUGUGGUCCAUAAGAACCGCUGCCACGUUCUGUUCCCUGAGGUGUUCAGUAGCUACCCCUACAGAGUCAACGUUACAGCUGUCAACGCCCUGGGAAAAGCCUCCACCACCAUCACCUUUGAAGAGAUCAACAUAGUGAAACCAGACCCCCCUGAAAGGGUGGUGGCCACUCCCAUCCCCAGCAACGUGCGUCGUCUGGAGGUCACCUGGAAUAGCCCUUCUACCUGGCCUGAUGUAGAAACCUUCCCCCUGAAGUACUUCCUACGAUACAGACCCCUCAUCAGAGACCAGUGGCAACACGUGGAGUUGUCAGACAGUACGGCCCACACCAUAACGGAUGCGUACGCAGGGAAGGAGUACAUCGUCCAGGUGGCGGCUAAGGACAUGGAGAUCGGCACCUGGAGUGACUGGAGCGUCGCGGUGCACGCUACCCCCUGGAUGGACAAACCCCAACAGAUCCCCUCCACCACCGAGCAGGAACCGCUCCUCGAGACUAAACCCUCCCCAGCCCCUCCCUCAGCAGAGCCCCAUAGGGCAGGUGUCCCAGUGGGCAGAGCUUCAUCGUCCCUACACCUCCCCUCACCCCUCCUCUGGUCCUCCUGUCUGCUGCAAGGGGCCCUAACUCUGGCCCUGAUAUGGUGA